AUGGAAAACGACCAGGGUGUCCUCGUUGACCUUUAUGUCCCUCGCAAAUGCUCUGCGACCAACCGUCUCAUCACCUCGAAAGACCAUGCUUCGGUUCAAAUUAACAUCGUCGAUGUCGAUGCCAAUGGCAGGGCUCUCAACACAUCCACCACUUUUGCUCUUUGCGGUCAAGUCCGCUCUCAGGGCGAGAGCGACGACUCCCUCAACAGAUUGGCUACCAAGGCCGGAUUGCUGAGGAACGUAUGGUCGUACCAGAAGUAA